AUGUCUGUAUCAUUGGGUAGUGUUAUUUGGUCCUCUGUUAAACCAAUUAUUAAAAUUUAUCUAAUCAUUGGCACUGGGUUUAUGCUUUCAAAAUUCGAUAUCAUCACCGUGCAAUCAACAAAGGCUAUCUCAGAUAUUAUUCUAACUGUUUUAUUACCUUGUCUGUCGUUCAAUAAAAUCGUUUCAAAUAUCGAAGAUAAAGAUAUAAAAGAUGUAGGUAUCAUUUGCCUAUCUUCAGUUUUAAUCUUUGGCACUGGUUUGUUUUUUGCUUACGUCGUAAGAAGAACAAUGCCUGUACCUAAACAAUGGAGAGGUGGUAUCUUAGCAGGCGGGAUGUUCCCAAAUAUCAGCGACUUGCCAAUUGCUUAUCUACAAACUCUAGCUCAAGGUUUUAUAUUCACUCCAGAAGAAGGUGACAAAGGUGUCGCUAAUGUCAUCAUCUUCUUGGCAAUGUUCUUAAUUUGUGUCUUCAAUCUAGGAGGCUUCAGAUUAAUCGAAAUGGAUUUUAAUUACAAUGAUGAAGAAAAUGCAACUAUUAACGAAUCUACAACAGAUAUUCAAUCAAAUGAUAAGGAAAUUACAGAAUUUGAAAAACAAAAAAAUGGAUUCUCAAAAUUAACUACUUCUGAUAAUGAAAAAUCAAAAAAAAGUGAAUCCUCAGAUAUAAGUUCAUUGCCAAGCACAGCUGUCGUGGACCAAUCAUUAAGCAUCCCAAGAUCAGGAUCAAUUCAUCCAGGAAAUGAAUUGGUAGGUAAUGAAAGUGUAAUAUCUUCCAUUAUCUCAAAUCCAUCCAUAGUUCUUUCCACUAGUGAUGAAAGCUCAACUUCAAAUUUUUCAUAUAAAGGGAAAAGCAAUAACGCAGAUAAGGUCACCACUCCUGUCUUGAAAACUCAAAGUCAACCAGUUGCUUACACCUCUAGUGUCGCAUCAAUACAAGAAAAGGUGAAAAGACGCCCAAGAAGUAAAUCAACUUCUUCACAAUAUACCAUGAAUGAAUUGAUUAAACAAUACUCGAAAGUUGACCAAUAUGGUAACCCAAUCGAUAAAAAUGAUGCCUCCUCAGUCACAGGGCCUCAUCAUGACAUUAAUGGCGUUGAAGUACAACCUACUAGACAAUCAAACCUAACAAGAAUACUUACUUCCGACGCUACAGUUAGCAAGCAUGAUAUUGAAUCUUCAGGUAGCUCUUUACCUAAGUGGUUGCGUAAAUUCCCUUUGACGCCAUUAAUUGUAUUCUUCAUCAAGAAUUGUUUCAGACCUUGCUCUGCAGCUGUCAUCAUUGCUUUGACAUGUGCAUUUAUUCCAUGGGUAAAAGCAUUAUUUGUCACAACUGAUACAACUCCACAUAUAAGACAGGCACCGGAUCAACAACCAGCUCUAAGUUUCAUAAUGGACUUUACAGGUUAUGUUGGUGCAGCAUCUGUCCCUUUUGGUCUUAUUUUACUAGGUGCAACGUUGGGUAGAUUAAAAAUUGGAAGUUUAUACCCUGGAUUCUGGAAAUCUGCUUGUGUUCUAGUCGUUUUGAGACAAUGUGUAAUGCCUAUAUUCGGUGUUCUUUGGUGUGAUCGUUUGGUUAAAGCAGGUUGGCUGAAUUGGGAAAACGAUAAACUAUUAUUAUUUGUUAUUGCAAUUAAUUGGUCAUUGCCAACAAUGACAACCAUCAUCUAUUUCACUGCAAGUUACACUCCAGCAGAUAUGCCAAAUCCAAUUCAAAUGGAAUGUGUCUCAUUCUUCCUAAUGAUCCAAUAUCCAUUGUUAGUGGUCAGUUUACCAUUUUUGGUAACGUAUUUCCUAAAAGUUCAAAUUAAAGUAUAG